AUGUCAGGAGGCAAGUCCCCUCUUUUUGGUUCUUCAAGGAGGCUUCGGCUCUUUCGAAAGCCCACUGGCGAGGAGGAAUGGGCCUACUCGCACAACCCAUACGAAUACUCGGCCAGCAAUACUGACUGGAUUCAGCAACGGACUCUCAACCCAUGCAGGCACUACGCUGAGGGCCGCUGCAAUCGUGGCAGUUCAUGUCGCUUUUUCCAUGAGCUGCGGCACACUGUUAUUGUCACCCCGCACACCACCCCGAAGCAGCCUACCUUCACCCCUCUGACUGGAACAACUCCCUUGUCUGCGGGAGCUCUCGCGCUCGGUGGGAAGUCUCCUCCGGCGUCGGUGGGGUCAAUAAACGGGCGCCAGUCCCACGCAUCAUCGGCUGUGGAGCCUUCCGCCAGCGCGGGGCCAACGGAAGCCUCAGCACGGCAGCCUUCGUCAGGUAGCGCGGGGGACAGUGGAUACCACAUCAAAGGCACGUUGCCACUGUCCAACUCCAAUCUGGACACCCCACAACUUCACGCGACCCUCAGUACGGACAGUCUUGUGGUUUCCCCGCUUCAAAAGGGUGACACCAAUCUACAGGGGUCCUUUCCCCCCGUAACCCUCCAAACUGUAUCACAGCAGCGAUAA